AUGCUUCGCAAAACACUUCCCGUAAUUUGUGGUGCCGCUAAAGGACCAUGGAGUGGGCUGAGCAACUCUGAAAUUGCAGAAGCUGUGAAUUCCCGCAAGAUUCAGUUUUACGGCCUAGAGCAAGCCCUGGAUCCCGACUACAAACGUGCGAUUGCUGUGCGCCGCGAGGUCGUCUCGAAAUAUGUUGUCCCAACGUCUCCCACCGACGAAGAGAAGCAAGGAUUGAGCUCCAUUCCCUUUGAAGAUUAUGAUUGGGACCGUGUUGUGGGCCAGAACUGUGAGAACAUCAUAGGGUACGUGCCUGUUCCACUUGGAAUUGCCGGCCCGAUUCUCAUUGACGGACAAAAGUAUCCCAUUCCCAUGGCAACGACAGAGGGUGCACUUGUGGCCAGCACCCAUCGCGGCGCUCGAGUCAUUUCGCAAUGUGGUGGUUGCAAGACGCUCCUUUUGGAUGAGGGCAUGUCAAGGGCUCCUGUGGUAGAGCUGACCUCCUUGGAAGAAGCAGGAAAGCUUCGCACGUUUUGCCAGGAAAACUUUGCGGCAGUAAAAGAGGCGUUUGAGUCUACAACACGGUAUGGUAAGUUGAACUCCCUUAAGUGCGUAUUGACAGGUCGGAAAGCUUACCUGCGGUUUCGUGCAACAACUGGUGAUGCAAUGGGAAUGAACAUGAUCACCAAGGGUGUGGACAAGGCGUUGUCGCUGUUACAGCAGCAUUUCCCCACAAUGAAGGUAAUUGCUUUAUCAGGCAACUAUUGUACUGAUAAAAAGCCUUCAGCAGUUAAUUGGAUCGAGGGACGUGGGAAGGCAGUGGUGGCUGAGGCUAAGGUGCAUGGUCAUGUGGUUGAGAAGGUUCUAAAGUGUUCAGUUGACAGUCUUGUCUCACUUAACAUUGACAAGAAUCUUGUGGGCUCUGCUAUGGCAGGGUCUGUUGGUGGAUUCAAUGCACAAGCUGCUAAUGCUGUCGCGGCAAUAUUUAUUGCAACGGGACAGGACCCGGCUCAAGUGGUUGAGUCAUCAACUUGCAUUACAACCAUGUCAAAGGAUGGUGAUGAUCUUAUUAUUUCAGUGACGAUGCCGAGCAUAGAGGUUGGAACGGUGGGAGGUGGAACCGGUCUGGCUGCCCAGCGAGGCUGCCUGGAACUGAUUGGAUGUGGUGGUUCCAACAAGGAGUCUCCAGGUGCAAAUGCGCAGCUGCUCUCUCGUCUUGUCGCUGCUGGUGUGCUUUGCGCGGAGCUCUCACUGAUGUCUGGGUUGGCUGCAGGACAUCUUUUAAGCGCGCACAUGCGCCUGAAUCGCAAGCAGAAUUAA